GUGCUUCAGCAGAUAAAUCUCAGUCCAGAUUCAGCUGUUCCAUCAGUUCAUCAAAAUCAUUUUUUCAUGACAUCUGCUGAGAAAACACUAUUGCAGGAUUUUUCUCCAAGCAAUGUGCCCAACAUGGGGUAUUCUCUAUCGGAUAUCCUGACUGGGAUUCCAGAGGUGGAUGCUACACCAAUUAUGGCUCCACCAACCUUUCCGGAAGAUCAGAACCAAUCCUUGUCACAGUUUGCUGAGUUGCUGAAAGUGCUUGAGGAAGAGGGAGAGCCUGAGCUACAUCCAGGUGAUGUCGAUCAGUAUUAUGAAUCUCUUAGGGAUGCUUUGCUCGGAGACAACGAACCACCAUGCUAUGGUUGGUAAGUGCAGUGCAAUUCCAGAGAAUGCCUCAGUUAAUCCCUAAUGAUCAUUUCAACAAAAUGGAAAACUAUAUCCAGAAAAGUAUUCAAAUAAAUCAAAUUCUAAUAAGGAAUAACUUUAUUCACUAAUUUUGAUGAAGUAACUUACCUUCUUAUGACUUAAUUUGAUGCAUUUUACCCCACAGACAGAGUGCAGUUGCUGAUGCAGACUUUGGUCCCCGAAGUGGAAGGCUCCUCUUCAAAAAUUCUUCCUGCUGUUCAGGAGUAUACAGUAUACUGAUAGAAAAAUGUUCGAAAAUGCAGCCUGUAGUGUUUGAGUUAAUAAAGAUGAAAAUUUACA